AUGCAUGAACUGAAAACGACGACGGUGGAGCUCGGUAAGGAGUCGAAUUCAUCGGUGAUGCAACGAAACGGCUCGGCGUGCGGCUACCUGCGAAUUCGACGGCGAAGUGUGAUGAACGCAGAACAAGACAGAGAGGAGGAACCGCGCCUGAAGCUUCUUCACCUUGAUGCCGAAUACGUCAACGGUCUAGGCAAGACGGCAAGGCAGCAAAGGUCGUCAACAGCGGCGGCGACUUCGUCUGCUUGUCAACGAGAUCCAAACGGCACAGCGCGGGGCAAAGCUAGGGCAAAGAUGGCGGCGUACAAGGGAACCGGGGCACGAACGACGGGCUGCUUUUACAGGGGCAAGGGUGUGGCACGCACGCCACAAUCCGCGGAAGAUACGAGCGUGGCUGUGGACCCGGAACAAGUCCCGCUCGGCUUCGGCUGGAUGUGGGAGACGACGCCGAUGCGUGGGACCUCCUCGUCAUCGAUAGAUGGCAUGGGACCAUGA